AUGCUCUUCUCUCUGCUACCUCUCGUGGCUCUCCUGCUGCGCGACGACGCGGCCGUCACCGCUCACAACAAUGGCCACGCGCUGGACAACGACAAAUGGCUGAGCGCCGCGUCUCAAUAUGACAAGGAGAGAUACUGGAACAAAUUCAGAGACGAAGUGGAGGAUGACUCCUUCAAGAGCUGGCCUCCAACUAAGUCUAUGGACCAUGAAAGAGAGGCCCGGCCUGGCAGACAUGGUGAGGCAGGAACCAAGACCCAUUCUGGCUCAGCCAAGAGGACCAAACAGGGUGGUCCAGACACCACCAAGGACCCCUGUCUGAAGGUUCGGUGCCCUCAUCAGAAGGUGUGUGUCAGCCACGACUACCAGACAGCCAUCUGCACUAAUCACAGGCAGCCAAGCCAUGGUGUGAAGCCCAGGAAAGCACAUCUUGGCCACAUUCAUAGGUUUGAAGCUGGUGCUCAUGGGAAAUGUACUCAGUGCUCCAUGCUCCAGACCAGUCCGGUGUGUGGAUCUGAUGGACACACUUACUCCUCUGAGUGUAAACUGGAGUUUCAGGGCUGUUUGUCUGGGAAGGUGAUCUCUGUGAAGUGUGAGGGACUGUGUCCUUGUCUACCUGGACAAGAUCUCAGCCAACCAACACAAAAGACUAUGACUGUAGGGUGCAGUGACACAGACCUCCACAGCCUGGCCUCCAGAUUGAAAGACUGGUUUGGCGUUCUCCACCUCGACGCAAACCGAGACCUUAAAUCCUCUGACAGCUCAGACUCUGCCACAGGACACUUUGACACCAGCAUCCUGCCCAUCUGUAAGGACUCAUUGGGAUGGAUGUUCAACAAGCUGGACAUGAACUUUGACCUCCUGCUGGACCACUCGGAACUGAGCACCAUCUACCUGGACAAGUAUGAGCUGUGCAUGAAACCUCUCUUCAACUCCUGUGACUCCUUCAAGGACGGCAAACUCUCCAACAACGAGUGGUGCUACUGCUUCCAGAAGCAUGAGGGCGUGCCAUGCCAAAAUGAGAAAAGCAAAAUUCAGAUGCAAGGUCAACAGAGGAUCCCUAUAGGAGCCUAUAUUCCUCGUUGUACUGAGGAGGGGUACUUCAAGCCAACCCAGUGCCAUGGCAAUACUGGUCAGUGUUGGUGUGUGGACAAAUAUGGCAACGAGAUCGCUGGCUCUAGAAAACAAGGCAACCCCAACUGUGAUGAGGAACAGGAGACCUCGGGGGACUUUGGUAGCGGCGGUGCAGUUAUUCUCCUUGAUGACCAGGAGGAGGAGCCAUCACAGAUGGGCCAGAGGCGGCAGAAGAAGAGACGGGGCCGAAUUCACCCCAGAGGAAUCAUUGAGGACGAUGAGGAUGAGGAAGACUAUAAAGAUGAUGAGAUCGGCUAUGUCUGGUAG